CGCCCCUCAAUAAUCACUCACAAACAAGAUGGCGACUUGCAGGAAGAUGAGACGUAGCUGGAAAAUUCACUCUGCAUUUUCCGUGUUUAUCUUGUUACAACUGUUUCCUCUCAACUGUUUUUCAGCUUCGUUGGGACGCAAAGACGACGUUGUUGGUUCAGAACCCUCCUUGCCUUUGACACCAACCAGCAAGGAUGCAGAAACAGCCAUCAGCAAUGGUACAACAGACGGCAAAGCAGACACCGUAACCAGUGACAAAGCUACAACACCUGAUACAACAGUCAUUAAGGCUGUAACAGAAGACGCAAAGGACGCUGCUGCUACAUCCUAUGAGGGCGCUACCACACCUAUCAAGGAUACACCUAUCAAGGAUACACCUAUCGAUGGUGUAACAGCACAUGAUGAUGCACCAGACACCAAAGUGGAGGUUAUAGCUGAAUCCACUGCAGACAAGAACAAAACCAAAUUGAAUAAUGAAGCAGGACUGACUCCUGAAGAACUACCUCCCAGACCCGCUGAUUCAGAUUCAGAUUCAGAUGCUGAUGCUGCCCCUACCAUGGCUGCAGCUCCAGCCACCACCACCACCACCACAGUCAAAGCCCCAGAGCCUGCCAAGCCCACCCUGGAGAAACCAAGCCCUGCCUCCAACACCAAGCUUGUCGGCCCCAUGUACCCUACAGAGGAUGAGCAAGAGGACAAUCUAGGGCCUGUCAACACCCAGGAGGCCCAGACACAGACAGACCUGUACGACAGAGAAAAUGAGGGAGACGUUGAUGAUGAUGAUGACAACUAUGACCCCCCUCUGGACCAGAACCAGAACUUUGGCGGCAAAGAAUUAAAGGAGGAGAAGGACGACGACAUGGUGGACGCAAAGAUUGUUGGGAAGAUAGACGUACGUAUGAAGGACACCAACAUCUACACCACCCAGGACGAGGACUCCCACUUCUUCUUCCACCUGGUCAUCCUGGCCUUCCUGGUGGCCAUUGUAUACAUCACCUACCACAACAAGAGGAAGAUCCUCCUCCUAGCCCAGAGUCGGCGCUGGAGAGACGGCCUGUGCUCUCGCAACAAUGUGGAGUACCAUCGGCUGGACCAAAAUGUCAACGAGGCCAUGCCUUCCCUCAAGAUGACUCAAGAUUACAUCUUCUGAGCAGAGAAGGAAGUUGAAAGGACUGAACUAAACAAACCUGUUUCCAGCUGCAUUGUUGAAACGCUCACUUGCCCACAAGCUUGCCCCACUUUUUCUUGCUUCAGGACAAACCUGGGUAAGAGGGAGUUUGAUGGUACUACCACUCUGUAAUCGAUACACGUUUUCAAUGUUUGCCCACGUAUGCUGGAAAUAGUAUUUUCUGUUUUGUUAACCAUAGUCCUAGUUUUGAAUUAUUAUGAUUUAGUAUUUGAUUUAUUUGGGUGGCCUAUACUGGUCUAUAUGAAAUAAGUUUUCACCAUGUUUAAGCCUUACUGUCCUACACUUAAAAUAUUGUUUGUGCUGAUUGCAGAUUACACACUCAGAAAAUUGGAAUGUAAAUAUUGUCAAUCAAUACCAAGAUGAAUAUAUCCAAUGAUACUGUACUUUACUUGCUAGUCACUAAUCUGCCCUGCAAUGAAUGAAGGAUAUUUGUAGUGGUUAGCCUCAAAGCCCUCAAUCCACAAAGCAUUUGCAGUACAAAGCAUUUGCAGUUGUAAAAGUUAAUAUUGUACGUAUGUAGCGUACUACACAAUAUAGAUUUAUGUUCAGAACUUGUGGUUAUUUCUUACCCUAAAUCCAUUAGACAAGUCAGGACUUUUGACACGAUAGGGCCCACCACAUUGUGAUAUGGCGGCAGUAAUUCCCCUGACUGUUCUGCUUAUUAACACGUUGCCCAGAUUGUGCUAUGCAGUAAUCCCAGCGCUGGGCCAUUUUUUGGUAUUUGUUUUUAUGACUUCGAUGAAGUCUCACAGAUGGAAGGUAAAGAUUCCUCACUGAGAUUUCUCAAUUAGUUUCUCAAUGACUUCGAAUCAGAGCACUCUCUUUCUGUAGGACGUUUGCACUCUUCAGCCUAAUGUGGAUGUAAAGCACUACUUCAACACAGGUCUCUAUCUGGCGACGAAUGCGUAUUCAUUAAGUAGUGCACUAUAUAUAUAUAUAUAUAUAUAUAUAUAUAUAUGGUAACAUUUGGGAUGCCACCUCAGUCUAGAGGAAACGAUGAUGACCACCGUCACUCACUCAUCAUUACCUUAACGAGCCUUCAAUUCUAAUGCCAUAUCCUGUGACGAGAAUCCAGAAUCAAUCAUUUCUCAUGCACUUAUCGAUCCCCAAUACUUUUCCAGCUGUCUUUUCAGGACAGAGGAAAAGCAUUGUAACCUGAGUGCCAGUCUGUUGUGUAUCAUGCAACUUCCUUGUCACUCAUUGUCAUGUUUGGCUUGACAAUGAGCAAUGGAGUUGGCAAGAGCACAAAUAGAUCUGGGACCAGGCUCAAGCAUUGUAAAUAGGUGGUAGGAGUUGUGAGCACUCUGGUGUCACGACAAUAGCUAAAGCAUGGCAGGGAAGUUUUGUCAUGCAUGGAAAAGGAAGUAUAUUGUGUAGCUUUCAUAUAGCCUUUGGUGGAUGGACACUGCUUUUGCAAUCAACUGUAGAGAUUGUACAAUCGUUUGACAAUAAAGUACAAUUGUAUUUGGGGACCCUU